CGUUCCCGCAGUACAGGCCUCCACAUAUAAGUUGUCGUGGGACGCGCUUUUCUCCACAAUCCCAGCUAUCCUCACUUCACCACUCUUUUCCACGCACGAGCGACCAGCACUCGCCAACAGACGCCAUGGACGCCUACGUCUUGGGUGACAGCCAGCAGCUGAGCGAAUUCUGCGCUAACUUGGGCCUCUAGUCAUCAUGGCUAUUCCAACCUUGCUUUUUCUCGUCUCUUCCCAUUCUUGACAUGGCAGCGGCCACCUCGAAAUCAUCACGUUUAACACCAACAACGAUGGCGUUUCGCUGGCCCCUACUCGUCGCCGCAGCGGCAACUGUGGCGGCCGUGAUUCCCGUGGCACCUUUCAUCAACGACAAAGUGGACCGAGUUCUUCAGCACGGCGUACUCUGUGACGUCAUCUCCAACAACGAAUGCGUGGAGCCCACCAGAGACUUCUACAUGUGGAACCGGUCGUGGUGGUUCUGGCCCGAGUUCUACGGGGGCGGCAUCUCGGGCCUGGGCAAAGGGCUCCGGCGGUUCGGCGACUGCGCGUUCGAGCUAGGCAACGCGAACGUCGCCACGUGCGACAUCGGCUUCACCGACCUCUGGCUGCGCUACCAGUGGCGCGUGAAGGUCAAGAACCGGAAGCUGGAGCAAGGCGCCCAGCAAGACAAUCCGCGGGCUGUCAUCGAGGUGGGAUCCAUGGUGGCCACCGUGGCGGGAGGAACCAUGCGGAUGAUACUGCAGAAGGAGACCAAUGACGGCAACUUCCGAGCCGAGAGUAUCACGACGGGCCAGACCGAGAUCAAGGAGGUGGCCUUCGGCAACUCAACCGUAAAGUGGAAAAGAAAGCAAGUUGACACGAAUGAGACAGAGUUUCAGUGGAGGCUGCGAGACAUGCUGGCGUUCUGGGUCACCGAUUACUUCGAGAACAUGACCUUCAAGGACAUCUUUAACAAGGCGCUUACAACACUGCAGCUGUGAGCGGUGGAAGAGU